UCUUACUCUCACUCCCCCUCACUCCUCUGAUCUUCUUUCAUCCGAGUUUAAACAAUGAGGCGAAGCUUUCAAAUAAGAGCUAUUGUUCUGUGCAUUGUGUUCAUCAUUUCUUCCUCAACAAUAUCAGCCAGGCUUUUACAGAACAAAGAAGGGCAAGAGGAGGCAAAGCUCAAGAAAAUCAGUGAUGGGCUUUCACUUGUGGAGCUGGAAGGCAGUGACUUCAUGAAUCUAAUGGGACUGGAAGCCUGUGUUGAUGGAGAUGAAGACUGCGUAAAGAGAAGGGUAAUUGCAGAAGCUCACUUGGAUUACAUCUACACCCAGAACCAUAAGCCUUGAUGCUGAUCAAAGCUAGCUAGCAUAUCAUAUUAUUCAAUAUAAUCUGCCCUUGGUGAUGAGUAGUAAAUUAAUUAUCAGAUUGUAGAAUCUUCCUUUUGCGAGAAUGGAAGUGUUACAAUAUUAGUGCAGAUAUGAAUAACUGUAUUGUAGUCUAUUAUGGUGAUAUAGCUAAGCCUUAGUCUAUAAAUCUAUAAUAAUAAAUCUGUUCGUUAUAUUUUUGGUGAUGUUACAUGUGAAAUUUAAAGCAAUAUAGGUUUAGAAUACGGGUAGGUGAUUACGGGGUGCGACAACAUUGAUUGUACAGUUGGGAAGUUAGGG